ACAUUUACAUCAGUGUGACAGACGGCGCGAUGGGAGGUGGACGCACGGUCUUCCUCCUGCUCUUUUCUCUUCAGUUGUCGUCGUCUUUCCUCUUUAGUGCUGGUUCCCUGUACAACAGCACGGACGAAUUGGUCAUACUCGAUCACAACAACUUCCACUCCACCAUUCUGGGCACGGAAAACGCGUGGGUGGUCGAGUUCUACAAUUCGUGGUGUGGGCACUGCAUUAACUUCGCUCCAACAUGGAAAUUAUUUGCCAAGGAUGUGUGGGACUGGCAGCACACCAUAAAAGUUGGUGUUAUUGAUUGCUCUGUAGAUGAUGCUAUACCAAUAUGCCGUGAAUAUGAGAUCAUGAGCUAUCCAAGUAUACAACUCUUUGCAGCACGAACAAGCAAGGGAGAUAUUGGCAAGGCUGUAAAUUCCAGGACAGUGGAAGAAAUGGGCAAGUCUCUGGUAGAUUUCCUAGUAGAGAAGCAGAGAGCCAAGAAUGGGUCAGAGUCGUGGGUGAACCUUCAGCCAUACCAAGGCUCAUUAUCUGACAUAUGGAAAGGAGUAUCCAGUUCUGUAGAGCAUCUAGUUGUCAUUGUGGAUCAUGCAGGUUCUUACACAGGAAAACUUGUCACAUUGGAUUUGGGUGGAUACUCAAAGAUCGCUGUUCGUGUCAUGGAGGGAGGUGGAGGUGAAGUGAAGGAACUCCGUUCAGCAUCCAACCCCACAGUCAUCUUUAUGGACAGAAAUGGCCAGAAAGAGGUGGUUGACAAUGCUGCUGCAACAAGGAAAGACUUAACAAAGCUUAUUAUGAAGAAAUACAAUCUCUUCAGGAGUAUGUUGCCUUUCAACAAAGCAGGAAGAGAUGAAGGCUCAAAGAAGAAUGAGGUAGAAGGAGCUGGUGAUGGAAGGCCAGAGGAGAUACAUAGUGAUAAGUUGAAUUAUGAAGAUGACCUUCCUGACACUGCAUAUACUGGGAGUGAAAGAAGAGAUCAAGUUUACAUGGUUGACAUAGAAAAUGCAGUCUCUUAUGCCCUUCAUCAUGAAGUUGUGCAACAUAAGAUCAUAUCAGGUGAGGCUCUUAAAGCCUUGCAGGAUUUCCUGGAUGUCCUUGUGCUCUACCUGCCUGCAAGACCAGCUGUGCAUGAAUUUCUGUCACGGCUCCACAAAUACACCACAACUCAAGGAGACAGAAUACAUGGAGAGAAGUUAGCCGAGAACAUUAAGUCGCUUCAAGACCAGGAAUCGGUACUUCCAGACCAGCAACAGUGGAUUGGAUGCAAAGGAAGUGAACCGAAAUUCAGAGGUUACCCUUGUGGUCUGUGGACAACUUUUCAUACAAUAACUGUGAAUGCAGUUCUGCAAGAAGGCAAUAGUGUGAACUUCAGUCCCAAGAAAACUCUACAGGCAAUACAUGGUUAUGUAAAACAUUUCUUUAGCUGUUCAUAUUGUUCAAAGCAUUUUCAAGAAAUGUAUGCCUUGGAUGCUGAAUCAUCUGUCAAUGUGGCAGAUGAUGGGAUAAUUUGGCUGUGGCGUGGCCACAAUAAAGUGAACAAAAGGCUACGUGGGGAUGCAAGUGAGGAUCCUCACCACAUUAAAGAGCCUUUCCCAACCCGUUUGGCUUGCCCAGCCUGUUGGGACAGUAAGCAAUUGAAAGAAAAGGAUGUCUUAGCUUACCUCAAAGGCAUAUAUUCAAAACGUGCUCUUUCAUUCAAAGGAACACAAACCAUAGUGGCCCCAGUAAUGAACAGGCAAGCAAAAAUUAAAAAGGUGUUAGACAGUCACAGAGCUGAGAAAGAGAGAAAGGAAGGGCAGACUGUCAACAAGAAACACUACAACAUCGAAGAGGAGCAACCUCUCCGUCCACUUCACACUUGGGGAUUCAAUAGCACUGAUGUAAGUCUUUGCGUCUUUUUAUACGGCAUCUCCACCAUCAUCAUAAUGUCUGUUUACUGCAUGGUAGUCAUCAGAAGAAAACUAAGACGAAGAAAAUUCUUUGAAACUUACAAGCAGCCCAGUGAGGGACUGAAGAAGUACCUGAUUGGAGCACAUGAGGAUAUAAUUGCAAGGGUCCACUGUCACCUUAAGCAAAAAGAGGCAGCAAGCUGAGAAAUGUAUUAGAAUUGGUAAUGGAUGGAAGGAAAGAUCUGCCUCUGAGAAACCAAAGUUCUGCCCACUAGAAAAUUCAUAAAUUCUUAUUUAAUUCCUAUAUGUGUGUACUGGUCAUAGGUGGUGGUCGGUGUAUAUAGUAUC